GACUUCAUGAUGCUGAGUAUUCACAUCGUCAGUUCGAUUCAGAUUCAGGCCCUCGUCUGCUACUAGUUCUUGUCUUGACCAGUCCUCACUGCUAAAAAAGAUUUUUCGACUACAACGUUUUAUUUUGUUUUGAGGGAAGGUCAAAAUCAACACCAAAAUGGUGCGAGCCUGGUAUAUGGAUGAUUCAAGAGAAGAUCAAAGGCUUGAACAUCAUCGAAACCCGCCAAAGUUUAUAGAAAUAUCUGAUUUGUGCAAGGCAACAGGUGUCGAACACUUCAAGAUAAACCAUGAAAGUUUCGAAACUGACAUGGUCCUACAAAGUCUGAAGAACGAGCGUGGCUACACCUAUGAAGAUGAGUUUCAAACUGAGGAUAGCAAGCCAGACUAUGAAGCGAAGCUUCGCACAUUUUUUACGGAACACAUUCAUACUGAUGAAGAAAUCCGCCUCUGCUUGGAUGGUAGCGGAUUCUUUGAUGUACGAGAUGCAAAUGAUGAAUGGAUUCGUAUUGAAGUUACUCCUGGUGACCUGAUCAUCAUUCCAAGUGGAAUCUACCACAGAUUCACUCUAGACGCCAAGAAUUUCAUCCGCGUCAAAAGGUACUUUGUUGGUGAACCUGUGUGGACACCAUACAACCGCCCUGCAGAUGAUAUGGAUGUUCGUCAAACCUAUCUCAAGAAGUUGAAGGCUGGGUUUUAAAUGGUUAGAACUUAUCCUAAAGAAACAGUACCAACAAUUUAUACAUUAUCAUUGGGACCAAAACGGAAUUAAUAUGGGGCACUAUGCAACCGGAUAUAUUGUGAUGUAGCAGUGUCGUGGUUUUCUGACAUUUAUGAAGGGUCCAAACAGAAAUGUUUGUUUUCGACUGUUUCUGUGUAUGCAGGGAAAUAAUAUUAUCUGUGAUGAGUCAUGAAGAUGUACAUAGGGAUGGUUUUCAUAAAAAAACAUAAGGCAUCUCUGUAUCAAAAUAAAUUUUAAAUUACUGAAAUUGCAA